GGAUGUCGCGUAAAGGCCGUCAGUGUCGGAGACUGCACCCGCGGAGCCGGGGACUAGGUGGCGGGGCCGGCCCGGGGAAUCCGGUGGGGUUGAGGACCGCGCUGGGGGCCUCAUCUCAUCCCCCGCGGGCGCUGCCUAAGGCUGCCGGCGUUGGCAGCGCAUUUUGGCCCAGGCAGUCGAAGACGGGUUGGGACGCCCCCUCGUGGGAGUUCUGGGGAUGGGUUGCUCUAAGCCUUCCCCAGGGUCGCGCUUCACUGCCCUAGGCCACCCGAGACCCCGAGGCCACGCGGUGGUUAGCAGACCCUGUCUGGUGGGAGGGGGCAGACAGCCGAGCCCGGAAGGGGGCAAAGAGCAGAGCCAGGCCUGGAACCUCGCGUCCCCUUCCCGGUUGGCCCCAGCCCGUCGCCUCCCCGUCUCCUCUCCCCUACAGGGCUCGCAACAACCCCCAACUCCGCUCCCUGCCCUCUGCGGUGCUCCUAACAGAAGGAACCGUCCCCCUCCUUAAGCCCUCGGCGUUUUGCCACGCAGGCCCGUGUCCCCAGAACCCGCACAGCCUGCCAAGCAUAGGGAGGGAGCAAGGUCCCAUUUCCAGCCGAGACCCGGAGCCGCUGGAAGGGAGAGGUCCAGAGGACGGGUGAAGGGGGACAGGCUUGGAGGGCAGUGCCACCUCCCCCUGGGGGCGUGUCCCUGAGGCCCCGCCCGGGGCCCCGCCUUUUUUGCGCCGGCUGUGACAAGCGCUGCGGCAUUUGUCCCCGCGACAGAACCGCUGCCGCCGUCUCUAAGGUCGCCCGGGUCCCGCCGCCGCCACCAUGCCUCGGGGAAGCCGCAGCAUGGCCUCCCGGCCAGCCAGCCGCCCCGCCGCGCCCUCUGCCCACCCGCCCGCGCACCCACCGCCCUCAGCAGCCGCCCCAGCACCCGCCCCUUCGGGCCAGCCGGGGCUCAUGGCUCAGAUGGCGACCACGGCCGCAGGGGUAGCCGUGGGCUCCGCUGUGGGACACGUCAUGGGCAGCGCCCUGACCGGAGCCUUCAGCGGGGGGAGCUCGGAGCCCUCCCAGCCUGCUGCCCAGCAGCCUCUUGCACUGUACCCCCAGGUCCCCACCCCCACUGCCCCCCAGCACCUGGAGAUGGGGCCCUGCGCCUAUGAGAUCAGGCAGUUCCUGGACUGUUCGACCACUCAGAGUGACCUGUCCCUGUGUGAGGGCUUCAGCGAGGCCCUGAAGCAGUGCAAGUACAACCAUGGUCUGAGCUCACUGCCCUGAAGAGGUUGGUGCAAACUUGGGGGCCAGUCCUGCACCCACCUCUACCCCUCGCCGACAGCCAGACCACAACACCAGAUUGUACCCGGAUAGCUGGGAUUGGAAGUGAGGAGGUUUCUCACCCCACAGAUAACCUAAGACACAAAUGUGCAAUUAAAAGUUUAUUUUAGACCACA